AUGGCGAGUGACCCACUGGCAGCUGUGCAGCACCUGCAGGACAUUGUGACGACGUUGGCGCCUCUAGUACGCCCUCAAGUGCUUCCUAAAGGUGUGACGUACGGUCUCGAUUUGAUUGUGUCGCUAUGUAAGACCGAGGAGCAGCGACAAACGCUCGUGGCGCUUGUGCGUCGGAGCCAGUCACGUGACCGUCGAGACACGACGUCGAGUGCAACGCGCCACGAGGAUGAGGAAACGACGGACCAAGAGGAAGAGGGAGAUGAUGGCAAGUACUGGGAGCCACAGGUGAUUGGCACGUUCGAUGUGGCCAAUCGUGUCUUUGCGCUGGGAAAAGUGCAGUGGAUGCAUGAGCGCGACGCGGUGGUGCACGAGUUCGCGCGAUUAAUGGAGCUGCAGCUGGAAAACCCCCUGGCAGCGAGUCAAGUGACGCGACACUUCUUGCGAGCAAAUGGCCACAAGCCUGAUGACGUCGUGGUAGCUCAGCGAUGUUUCAGUGCUGCUUUUGCACUUCAGACGCUGCUCCGUGCUUUUCCGAGGCUGCCGGUUGCUCUUGAUGGCAAGCUUGUCGAGAUUACUGAGGAGACUGACGUUGCGGAGGUUUUCGCGCCGCUGGUGCUGGCUUCUACUGCCAAGAAGCACAAGAGUAAGGCAAAGCCUGCGCCAACGCAGGAGCUUGUCACGAAGGACAACAACAUGCAGCAGAAGCGAAAGAAAAGGAAACGCACUUGA